AUGAAAUCCGGUUUGCUUCCUCUCUGUCACGAAGCCAUGAUCCUGGGUGAAAUAGCUUAUUACACUCCAUCUAGUGUAUUUCCUGGUCUUGGAAAUGGCGAUCAGACCGCAGACGGUGAACAUGAUCAACUGAAAGACUGGAACGCGGAGCGUAUAGCUGUAGCUGAAGCUCUGGGUCCUACUGCACGGGUCCUUUUCCUUCGCAGUCGCGGGUUGCUUGCUCUGGGAGAAACUGUUGAGGAAGCGUGGCACUAUGCUACAAACGCAGUGGUUGCGUGUGAUACGCAGGAAGCUAUGGCCAGUCCACACCGUGUUCGUCGUGCUCGCACGCUGGAUGGCAAAGGUUAUACCAGUCAGGAGGAUGAUGUGCAAAUUCCACCAGCAGCUUCUUCGAUUACCGCCACAAUGGCUUACUUCUAUGAUGAUGGCGUUCUGUCUGGAGAUGAAACUGAAACACAAAGACCCUCAACCUUACGCCGUGAUUGGUCUCAAAAGCAGUGGUUCAAUACACCGAAUAAGUAUACCAAAGAAGUAACUAAACCGUCUCCAGCCCAUCAGCCUGUUGCCCGAUGGGUUUCGGAACGAGAACAUGCUAUUCGAAAGGCGGUAUCUAGCGGUGCAUUACCACCACCAGCUCCCUUCCAUCCACUUACGCCAGCAGCUGUCCCGUUGGGUAGCACAGGAGGGCCAGCAACAGGCACAGCCUCCGCCUGUGCGCCGUACAACACAUUCGCUCCCCAAGGAUCCAAUCCGAAGGAGUAUCGUGAUCAACAGCGAAAGGUGAAGUCGAAAUAUUACCACGAUACAAAUACUGCUGGACCGCAGUCGCGUUUGCUCGAUGGCCUAACGUGGGAUGAAGCACGGCGUGUGAGAGACGAGGGUCUUGUCAAAGUUUUGGGUCCUCGGGGAGCCGCUCUGGUUACCCAAGGUGCUGUCACAGAUAUGCCAGUGGCUGCUGCAAGUAAAGCCAUAAUUCAAAGAGAUGUUCGCAAUGCUGCAGUCAUAUACGACGGCCUUUAUUCUCACCAAAACCCCUUCGAGAAAAUCACUGACGAAGAACUUGAAAUGUAUCGUAGGGAAAUUGAACUGAAAUCAAAUCCGGAGCUAGCCAUCGAGCUGGAGCGUCGUGGCAUGUUGGCUGCCGAUGGUACCUAUACGCCAGCACAGUCUCCGCCAAUCGGAGAUAGCUUGGCAGUAGAUAGCGGUGCCACCGACUUGGAGAGUGCUAGUGAAGCUGGUCCAGCUCACCUGGCACCACCAACGGGAACUGGUACUCUUACUUCGGAGCCCAGCGGAACGGAAGAGCACGGUGAUAGCGAGGAGAAGUAA